AUUUUUACUCGCACUUCUACUUUGUUUCCACUUCGCUCUUUCUUCCUCCCAUCUGCAUUCCUAUACUCCUCAACUUUACAUUUCGCUAGUCGAUUCAACAACUCGAUCCUAUUCCAGAUCCAUUGGCUAAUCACUCUCAUCAUCGAGACCACAUCAUCCUCUGUCCCCCUUGCUUCCUCGGGCGACAGUAGACCCCAGCGAACAGCAGACGAGUGACCCCAUCAUGAACAGAGAUCACUCGGAUAUCCGCAAGCAAAACGGCCAGUGGCAACCUCAGCAGCACUCUCCCUAUCUUCAGAACUCACAAUACCAGAGGCCGCCCCAUCCCUCGGCCUCCUCAUCCUCUAACUCUCCCUCGCUCUCCGGCCCCAAUCGCUCCAUCUCACCUCAGCCCUCCUCACCUGUCAGUCCCAGCAGCAUGCACAUCAAUACCAAACCAGGCGGAGGAUCUUCCUCGACUUCAUCCCUUCAGCGGUCAAACCCAUCCUCUCCCUCGGCAGGUUCAGCUGCAAAUGCCAUGGAAAUCGCAGCAAGACACUAUGAAGCCCUUCAGAAAUAUCUCCUCGCCCACAUCUUGAAAGAGAAACAUGGGGUGAGUGAACAGCGCAUUGCGGCAAGAGAAAAGCUAUCCAGACUACUGCAGAAUCAGCUUCAGGAUCUUUCGACCGAUGUCUAUGAUGAGCUGAAGCGUAGAACAGAUGGAAAUCAAACUCCUUUCUUGGCUGUCCGGGACGAAUUUCAUCCAAAGCGCAACCAAGCCCGCCAGAAACUAGCGACUCUCCCUCAAAAUCGAUUCAAGGACCUCGCAAGUGAUGUUUAUGUUCAACUGGAGCGCCAGUUUCCCAGUCUGCUCGAGAUGUACCCUCUACAAGCAUUGGAGGAAAAAGAAUAUCUCUCACAGCCUUCACAAGCUUCACAAUCUCAGCAGCAGGAUCGUCAGGAUCGCGAACCAGCAACGCCUGCCGUCCAUCAAUCCAGCGUCGUGCCCAAUGUUGCAACUUUUACUAUCCAGGACGGAUCCAGUAACGAGGAGGAGGAAGCAUAUUAUCGCUCGCCAGGUCAACAGCCCCCCACCCCCUCGGCAUUGGAUGGAAACGUCAACUUUGCGAGCCUAGACAGCCUUAUGGCAGAUCUCGGAAACAUCGUGAAGAAGGAUGACUCCAACCCGACAAAGGUUUCCAACAGUAAUGCUUCUAACAACAAAGGAUCAAGCUCGAAUGACGUGCUCCGACUACCUGCAAAGACGCCAGAACCGCAAGGUCCCUUGAGUGGCCUUGGUAUCAAUACUGGCUCACAACCAAACGAUCAGGUACAGCAAGAGUACGAGAUUCGUAUUCAGGCUCUAUGCAAACGACUCCAGCACUUGGAGAGUGAUGUCGGAGAUGCGGUGAAUCGCCCUGAGGGUUCCCGUCUUGCUCAGGUUGAGCGUCAGUUGGCUAAGCAGGUAGAGCUCUUCAACGAGCAGGUGUCUAAGGUCAGCAAGUUGCAAAUAGACUACAACAAGGUCUUAAACGACUAUCAUGCCCAGCUCGAGACCGUUGAUAUGGUGAAUCAGGAGGUCAAGGCGCUUAUAACAGAAAAUAAGGACUUGAGGCAGCGACAGUUGGAUGCUGAAGAGGAGCUCCAGCUUGCUUACAACAGAAUCAAGCAACUCGAGGACGAAAACAGCGAUUUGAAGGCGGAUCUUGAGGAAGCCGAUCGCAAUCAAAAGAGGACGCACGAUGAACCAGCAUCGAGGGCCAUCACAAAGGAAAGCGCACCGAGCACUACUGCACCUAUCACUCCGACGUCUGCCAACAACGUCCAUGUUAACGAUCAGUUGGGUAACCAUACGGACCAGCGGCUCUCGAUGGAUGAGCGGCACAAUGAGUCCUCGAAAAAUGACUGGAACAACGAUCGUCAGCAGGCUCGCGACAGCAUCAUGGUCAACCCCAGCUCGGCCGUUCACAAGGACAGUCUGGAUUCGUUCCGCAAUGCUGUAGAUGACCUAUUGUCAGCUGGAAGAUCUGAAACUUCGGCUUCGCUAUUGCUGGGCAUGAAGUCCGUUGUGAUCGCUUGCAAGGCUGUGACGGAGGAUGUUGAGGACUAUGAGCACGAGGAACCCAAUGAUGAUGGUUUUGUAGAGUUGAAGCAGGAGCUCUCAUCAGGACUGACGCAAUUGAUGACCGCCGCAAAGGUUCACUCGAAUGCCUUCAACGAGGAUGAGGAGGAGUUCGAAAGAACACUGAUAGAUCUGGAGACUGCGGCGGAUCAAUUGGAGGCCAUCGUCCUAGACAUUGUCAACGUUCCUAAGCGCGAUGGCAGUAGUAGGAACGCUGGACAUGAUGCCAAGGGGAAUAGCCAUCACCUUGCAGAUCGCGACCAUCGCGAUACCAAACAGGACCACGAUAGCAAGCACAGCGGACCCAAUGGUGACGGUGGUCAUGGCCAUAACAAUGACGAUGAGCCCAUGGCUGCGGUAGAGCUGAAGAUCUACUUGGAGACGCAGACCGUAUUGAUUGUUAACUCAAUUCAAACUUUGCUGACAUCGCUACGAUCUGCCUCAAAUUCCGGUGACAUAAGCGACGUCUCAGAUAAUAUCACUAUGCUAGUUGACCAGGUGAUUCGUCAGACGCGUAUGACAUUGGCAACACCUGCAGCUAUCGAGGGACCACAUGCGCUCGAGCUCGAAUCCCAGGGCGAAUUUGUGCUCGAGGACCUGGAGAGCUCGUUAGAUCAGUUGAUUGCGAUAAAGGUGCAACUGGAGAACGAUUCUGAGCUGGCCUGGUCGUCGUCUCCCGAUGCCAAGUCUGUGAAGCAAAAGAUGGCCAGCGCCAGCUUUGAUAUCGCAAAGUAUACAAAGGAGCUGGUCAGUUUGAUCAAGGGUUAGAGCCUUCGACAAUCGAGUACUAUGACACCUACGACCGCUUCUGGCAUCUCCACAAACCAUCAUCUACAGUACAGCUACAAGCAAUAACAUAACGACAAAGGCGCCAGACGAGGCGCAUUAAGCACUCAGGCACUCCAUUUAACGACAACACAACCAUCAGGACCUUAUCAUCCGAACACGUAUAGAGAUGCUGAAAACAUCUCAUUAUUUUUUAUGCUUUUACGAUUCCUGAUAGUCUUUUUUAUCUCAAUUUCAUUCGUUCUCUUUGACAUACAGCAUUCGCAUAAUAAAAAUCAAAGAUGGAUUAAACCAA